AUGAACGUACUCAAUGGUUCCAGUUAUCGGCGGCAUAAUGUUAAAGAAAUCACCUCAGUCAAAUCGUACUAUCGUUACACAUUGACCAUUAUCAGUGGACUGUCAUCCAUUUCACUUCCACCUCAGUCACAUUCUAAUUCAUUCGGUGAAUUCCGUCCAAAAUUUGAUUUUAAUAGCUUGUUGGAUAGCAAACAAGCGAAUGGAAGCGGUAGUGAUCAUAUCGAAGGAGGCUCAGAAUCGCCGACACCGAAUGAUGAUGUUAGUGUGCACAGCGCCAGCGAUUGUGGUUUUGAUCAGGAUUCUGCAAGUUCAUCUCCGGAAAUAUCUUUCGAUUUAAAUAGUGGUCAUGCGUCAAUAUCGCCGAAACCAGCCGGUGGAGACACUGUUGGAUAUCAAGACCACAGCAAAUACAGACACCCUCAAAUACAGUCGCUCGAUCAAGAUUAA